CUGAAGCGCACGGCGACUGACUCUUUUCACCCGAAUGCGAAGUGGACAUCCAUCUACUUCAAGUUGCGCUCACGGCAGCAGGUGGUAGGGCAGGCAUGAUGUCAUCUGUUACUGUACCUCGGACCUCACCUCACACCUUGAAAGGACUUCACAGCAUACAUAUGUAUGCAACACAGAUAUGCCCAAACGCAAGAAAAACGACACCGAACCCGAGGCCGAACCAUCACCUGAAAAGAACAAACACAAAGAACCCCUAGAUUCCGCACACCCUCCCACCUCCACCUCAAAACCUCUCCCACCCACCUCCUCAAUCCCCUACAAAUCCAAACAAAUCCUCUACUCUCUCCACAAACCCCAUACCUCCCAUACCCCCCUAAUCUUCACCCACGGAGCCGGCGGCGGAAUCUCCGCUCCAGCAACCUCAGACUUCGCCUCAGGAUUCGCCACCCAAGCCCCAAUCCUCUGCUUCCAAGGAAGCCCAAACCUAACCCAACGCGUAAAUUUUUUCAACGCGGUAAUCGACCAUCAGAAACGUGCCAAAAGUACUCCAUGUCCUGCUCUAGGGGGGAGGAGUAUGGGUGCUCGCGCGGCAGUUCUUACAGCUUUAGAACGAGGACACGAUGAUGUGAAAAUGUUGGUGUUGGUGAGUUAUCCACUUCUAGCCGCUGGGGGAAAGAGGGAGUAUGAGCGGCGAGAGAAAAUUUUACUGGAGUUGAAGGAGGGGGUUGAUGUGCUUUUUGUUCUUGGGAGGGAGGAUGAGAUGUGUGAGUUUUUGAGGUUGGGGGAGAUGAGAGCGGAGAUGAAGGCUAGGAGUUGGCUUUGUGUUGUGGAAGGUGCGGAUCAUGGGAUGGGGUGGAAGGGGAAGGCGAAGGUGGGGGAGGAGGUUAUGAGGAGGAGGACGGGGGAGGUGGCGGCGAGGUGGAUGGAGAGGAGGGAGGGGGAGAGGACGGAGUGUGAGGUUUGGUGGGAUGGGGAGAGGGGGGAGGUUGUUUGUGGGGAGUGGAGGAGGAAUGGCGAUGGUGAUCUGUCGGAGAUGAAGAAGACGAAGCGAUGAGUGUUUUACGAGCUGGAGCAUUCGAAAUUCAGGGCUGCUGGGUCAUCUUGUUGGACUUCUAUCUUCGUGACCCAACUACUGCUGCUUCCUGGACAUCUUGUACUCAAGCGUCUUCUUCC